AUGCAAUUGCACGGGAAUCGGAACAGAAGAGUGAACAAUUUGACAACAAAUGCAGUGGAAAUAAUGAAAAAUCACAACAAUGAAAGAAAAUGA